GUGACAUUCUGUCAGCAAAUUGCAAAUGGAGGAUGGAGAAAGUUUCUCUUUAUUUUUAGCAAUUUCUGUUAUUUCUGUGAAAUUACUGAUUGCGCCACGAGUAGGAGUUAAGCCAGUUUCCAUUCUGUUAAUGGAAAUAUUCGACUAACAAGAUGUUAUUAACUAUACACAACCUGCCGAGUUCUACCCGUUACGCGGAUGUAAAAAGCUUACUGAAGGAUAAAUGCGGUCUGACGGAAGUUAUUGUAGACAAUUUGGUUAAUGAGGGUAAAAGCAAGAAAGUCACCGUGGGACUGGCGACUGAAGAUGAUGGCGCGUUUGUGGUCAGAAAACUCAACGGGUUGUUCAUCAAUGGGCAGCAGCUGUACAUUGAGGACAAGAGGCGACCCACGGCUGAUCAACCGUACCGCCCCAGUGGCCUUGACCCUGUGCAGCCUGACACCAUGAUGCAACCUGUAAUGGCACCUGUUGUUCCGUCAUGGAACCAGACUGUAUCCAUGCCUUACAUGCAGCCAAUGCCGGUUGAUCAAACCUUAGCUUAUACGGGCUAUGUCGGCGUUCCUCAGGCGAUGCUUUAUGCGGAACCCAACCCAGUAUCUGCUCAAGUUCCUGGGUACUCGGGGUACCAGGCUGAAGCGUACGCUCCUAAUAAAGUGCCGAGAAACCAGGAGCACGGUGAUUGGGGUAGGAACUCGAGAGAACAACCUCCCGAAACGUUCCAAAACAAGGAUAGAAAACGUCGUCAUUCUCCCGAAAGACCAGCGGCUGGUAGCAAAAGAUCAUCCAGACUUGACAACUUUAACAAGUCGAAGAAUCGUCGAGAGCCUUCUCCACUUCGAAAACAAUGGGCAGACGAGAAUCGCGUUUUUCAGGAGCAGUUCCCUCGUCAGAACCAAAACGUUGAACCCCAAUAUCAACCCAGAGAGCCCAAUCCUGACUACCGACAACCAGAUCCGAUAUGGGAACAACAGCCACGAUGGGACGAGCCAAAACCUCACGCCGAAUGCGAGCAACAGUGGGGCAACGAUAAUCGGGGCUGGGAACCACAACCUGGUAAAGCGUGGGAUGAUCAACCUCAAUGGCGUGAAGAACCCAGGCAAUGGGACAACCAACCGAAACCGCAAUGGGAUAGCCCACCGAAACCGCAAUGGGAUAACCGAGCCCAACCGAAACGGGAUAACCAACCCAAACCGCAAAGGAAUAACCAACCCAAACCGCAUUGGGAAAACCAACCCAAACCGCAAUGGGAUAGUCCGCAGAAACCGCAUUGGGAUAACCAACCAAAACCGCAAUGGGAUAGCCCACAGAAACCCCAUUGGGAUAACCAACCGAAACCACAAUGGAAAGAUCAAGUACCCGUGGAUAACAUUCGGUCAGAAUGGUACGAUCACCUAGCGGCUAGCGACGCACCGCGUGGAAAUGGUCAAGAGUUUCAACCGCGGGAUCAUGGUCGCAACAGGGACUCCCGGCCCCGAAACAAAAACUUUGACGAACCAAUCAGCGAUCCCGUUUGGACCAGAGAGCCCGAGAAUUCCUUUACUCCUUCAGGCAGGCAAUCAAGACCUGCGGAAGAAUCACGAAGGAACCGGCCAAGAUCCAAAAACGGACGCCAAGGGGGUGAUUGGUCUGACGACAGGCCGGUCGCACCCCGAGACCGCUCGGGUGGCCGCCAGAAGCCCGACUACGGGAAAUCGAAGGAAUAUCCUUCUAGGGAGUUCAAAAGGCAGGCGAGACCCGAACAAGGCCCGCCUAAGGCCGCACCGAAACACGAAAGAAACGAAGCGUACAGCGCUAAUACGAAUAAGAAUACUUUUGUUAAAGCGAAUAAAACGUAUCCGCCCGUGUCCGAGCGACCGGUUAAUAAGCCUGUUGGUGUUGAGGUGCGCUUAGAUAAAAAUAAGCCCCAAACUCUUCGCUCAAUGAUAAAUAAAGACCAAUCAAAUCGUGGCCAGGCCACUUCUUUGAUCGCCAAAAAAACCAUCGGUGUAGACAUCGAGAAAUCUUACUUUCCUGACGGGCCUCUGGAAUCCUUCAUUUUCAAACAAUUGAAAGCGUGCAUUAAAUCGCGUGUAGACGUAAUAUUCGGCGAGGAACUGAGUGUGCAUAUGGCUGAUGUUAUUCAGCGCUAUAGGGCGAAGUUUCCUUUUAAAGACGAUAAAACGUUAAUGGUGCAGAUUCGCGAGAAAAGUACGAGGGAAUAUGAGGCGUUACCGCCAAAGGAGAAGAAAGAUGCAGAGGAUAGCGUUCAAGUGAAGAAAGAAAAAGCAACCAAAACGCAGAACGGAAAAGACGAAAAGAAAACCACAGCAGUUCAAGAAGGAACCUCAAAUGCGAAUGUAACGCUAAAUAAACCUGCGGCAUCUGCCUGCUUGCCUGCCUGCCUGCCUGCAGCUGUGAUGCCUGUAAUGAGCACAGGACCACCAAUUCACCCCAGCAUAGCUAAGCUACAUAAGAAGAAACCGGGGGCACCUCUCACAGAUAAACAAGUCAUCCAGCAGAUGAAACUGCUUCGUAAAUGGGAGUACGACCAGGACGACAUCUACAGCAUGGACGCAGACAACACCAAGGCCCUGGACGACGAGAUGGCAGAACUGGACAAGUUGUUUACCGAAGAAUGCUUAAACCCCGCCGAUCAGCAUGAAGCCUUAAUAUGCAAACUCCUCACCAGCGACAGCCUGAACGACUUUAACAAGACAAUCCGCCUCUACAUAACGAAGCGUAUCCUCAACAUCCAAACCGGCUUAGCCGUCCGCAUGUUCGCCUCCGGCAAGCCUCCUAAGAAAGACGCAGUCCUGCAGUACCUCAGGAAGCACAAGAUUCAGGCGGCGGCGGUCAAGAAGAGCGUUAAGGGAGCUAUGUUUAUGGUCAAUCUUACCCGGUUUAAAGACUUUGACAAGCUGUGCAACCGGGAAAAUGACGUCAUUGACGGCAUCCCAAUAAACUUUAAAGCGAUGCAGCUCAUCGGCCCGCCGCCGAAAAUAAGCAAGAACCAAAUCAAAUCCAUGCGUCAGAAAAUGAUCGAGAACAAGAUCAAGGGCUUAGACAUGGCUGAAUUGGAAGACGUGGACUUUGGGGCCACAGGGGACGAUGGCGCAGGGGACACAUGGGAAGAUGACGCAGGGGCCACAGGGGACGGUGGCGCAGGGGACACAUGGGAAGGUGACGCAGGGGAAAAAUGGGAAGGUGACGCAGGGGCCACAGGGGACGGUGACGCAGGGGAAAAAUGGGAAGGUGACGCAGGGGCCACAGGGGACGGUGGCGCAGGGGACACAUGGGACGGUGACGCAGGGGAAAAAUGGGAAGGUGACGCAGGGGCCACAGGGGACGGUGACGCAGGGGACAUGGACACAGGAUUUGUCGCGGAGGAAAAUUUUACGGAAGACAUUUUAACAGGAGAAGAAAUCUCUAAAGAUGUUGCGAAAACAGAAAACGCGAUGGGUUUCGCGGAGGAGGUCAAUAUAGAAAACAUUAAUGAGGAGGAUUUGGAGGACUUUUAGCGUUAAGUUCUCCUUUGAUACAGUCGGCAACAAAAGUGACCCUUUGAACGGUCAUCUUAAACCUUGUCGCAAUGCACGAAGGUUGAUAUAGGGUUGCAGCCGCGCGCGUCAUUUGACGUCUUCGACCAUCAUAGGGUUAAGGUUCACUAGGUUCUUCGAAUUAUUUUUCGCAUUAGUUUUAUGCUGUAAGUACCUCCGAUUAUUUUUAGGAUUACCCUGUUUAAGUAUCGACCUUUUUAUCUACGCAAUAAGAUUCACAUAGCAAUUUUGGUUUCAGUAAUUUUUAGAGAUGCACCGGAUAUUCGAUUACUAUCCGGUAUCCGGCCCCUAUUUUAAAAUCCGGCCGGAUACCGGAUAGUAACUUUGCUUGAUUUUGGGGUAAACAAAUUGAAUCUUAAAAACAGUCUGGGUCAUAAUCGAAGUCGUUGAUUAUAAUUUAAAAUUUCACAUGUAACAUUUGCGUAACACAUCCAACGUAUUGUU